AUGCAGCCGGCCUCAGUUUCGGUCUGGCUGGAUCAAAAAAAUCGGUUAAAAAAAUUUUUUUUUUCUUUCAAGAUCUAUCAAAUUAGGUCAGAUUUUUGAUAAAAAUUAUUCUCUAUGUCAUAAAUUAUUCAGGCGUUUACGAUUGGUAACUACAAAUCUUUUCCGUUACGAAUUCCGUUUGAUCCAUCAGUCAACUUCAACUACUAUUCCAACCAAAAGAGUCUCGCUAAGCAUUGCGACAUGUGCUUCCCUCUGUUGCAGACUUCGCAACCUACUCAAGGAUUUUACAUGGAUUUACUCCAGUUUUCAAGUGUAUGAGAGAAAAAUCAUCGAAUUUGAGUAAAAUGAUUUUUCCAGUACAAUGGGAAGUCAUAUCCUUUAUAUGAAGCCGAAAAAGCCUUGUUCGAGAUUUUUUUCUGACCUGAGGUAUGUUUAAUAGUUUUGAGAAAUAUAUAUUCAAAAUAAAUAUUUCUCUCAUAUUCAAGGUAUACAAUAUCCACUCCACUGCCGCACACUUAUCCAUCAGUGCGCGACGAAGUUUUUUCGUCAAAAAGGUUUUUAAUUAAUUUGCUUCCGACAAGAAUGUUGAGAGUUCCAGAGUCAGUGAAGCAAUCGAAAGGGUUGGAAACGAUGCUUCAAAAAAGUCGGUGCGUAAAAGAGCAAUGAGCUUUUUCUUCGAAAUUCGCGCUUCCUUAUCGCGUUUUGUCUGUAAAAUAUGUGCCUACAUGCUUUACAAGGUGAGUAGAAGUUCAAGUUUUAAAAAAAAUAAAAAUAGUUCCCAGGUUUUUCGACGUCUCAUGACGAAGCUUCUCGUUGAUCCCAACGAAAUUUCGCGCGUUCAGGAGGCUGAAAAAGUAACUUUUUUCAGGAGUUUCUAAGACGUUAGUCACUUUAGACGGGUGUUCCACUUGUAUACCUGCCACUUCACAAAAGUCAUAUGGAUUACUUGCUCAUUACCUGGUGCGCGUGGCAUUUCAACCUCCGUUUGCCACAUAUCGCUUCGGGCGACAAUCUGAAUCUUAGCGGAUUUGGGUUGGAUUUUAUCUCACUUUUUUGCUUGAAAUGAGGCAAUGAUAAAACAGAAGGCUCAAUUAGAUGAUGCAAAAUUGUUUAGUACUGUCAUUUUGAAAAGAAAAUGUUCACUUUAUUUUAUUUUUUCAGUUGGCUACUUCGCGCAACGGGAGCAUUUUUCAUUCGGCGACGUAUCAACCCGAGUGACGAAGGAGGAAAAGAUGCACUUUACCGGUUCGAUUGAUAAGCAGUUUUUAUUUACUUUUUUCAGGAAUGUUCUUUGUGCUUUUUUUCGCGCGCAGGUUUUAUCGACCUCAAGAUUUUUACAGGGCUGUUCUGCACUCUUACAUCGAACAGCUUUUGAAGAAGGGCAUGUCGAUCGAGUUUUUCCCCGAAGGAACUCGGUUUCGAAAGCAUUGAAGCGUAAUCGCAAAGUUUUCUUUCUAUAGGAGUCGGUUUGGUAAAGCUUUGAUGCCAAAAAACGGGUUGAUUUCAAACGUGGUAGAAGCUGUUCAACAAGGUUUGCUGGGAAUCCUUGCUGCUCAAAGAUUUUAUUUUCUGAAGGUACGAUAAAAGAUUGUUAUUUGGUUCCUGUGGCAUACACCUACGACGCCGUCUACGAAGGAAUUUUCUUGAACGAGUUGAUGGGACUCCCCAAGGUCUGAUGGGGACACAAGAACUUCUGAAACGACUCUUUUGCAUGUAGGAGAGAGAAAGUCUGAUGGGUGUGGUGAAAGGAGUCUUCAAAGGGUUCAGUCAGCCCGGCCGCUGUGGCGUCGUCCGCAUGCAUUACGGCCAGCCCUUCCUUCUCACGGUACGACUCUCUUACAACACUAGAACGCGGAAAAACAAGACGAAUCAACCUUUUGAUGAAGUAAAGGCACUUGGGAAAUCUGUAACAGUAUGCCUUUUCUGAAGACUCGGUUUUGUUUCUUAUCAAAGAUAAUGAUAUAGAUCAUUAAUCGCUGAUUUGAGGUCAUUUUCAUGUAGGGUCCUAACACUAUUAUCGUAAAAUGUGCCAAAAGAAAUGGUUGAGGUAGAAUCGUAGAAUUUUUUGACACAUGACUACUUUCAGCUGCAGGAAACAUCUCCAGAUUAGCAAUCUCUUUUUUUUUUUUCAAAUUCUCACAAAUUCGGACUUUACCUGUAUCAGUCACAGAGACAUAGGCGGAACUUUUCAGACAGAAAAAAGACAAUUUCCCAUCUAGUUUUAGAAUUGGAAACUGUCGAUUGUAGAAAGAAAAGUUUUCACAAUUACAUGGUGUGAGCAUACCAAGAGUCCAAGAGCAUAUUUUCUUCACGCAGUUUCGAGCGGUUCAGAGAGAUUUUGGAGAUUUUGUUGCAGAACCUGAAAAAACAAACAAACAUGAUUAAUUUGCUGUAAGGUUGCAUGCCCUUCUAAAACAGGCUAAAACGAGCCGACUAUGAAAAAGAGCCGUCGCAUAUAUGGAAAACUCAAAGUAGACCAGAACUACAUGAAGAUCUUCUGAAAGGCGCUUGUCCUGAUUGAUCAGUUGUAGGAUUACCUGAUGUCGCUGAAAGAUUCGAUGUCGGUCUCGCGGCCUGUGCAGUCGGCCUUGACGCGACUGCCCCAGUCGUUCUCCUACCGCGAGCUCGUUCCUUGGCACCACCAGCACUCGGCUCAGGUCGACAACCGCAGUCUCAUCCGCGCCAUCGGAUUCCACUCAAUCUACGGUGAGUUCCGUCAUGAAGAAUUGAAAUUAAUUGGAGACGGCGAACGAAAAAAAAAAUCAUAGUACUCUUGGUUUUUCUGAAUCCGCUCGGUUCACUUAUAGGCAGAGAAAGGUAGAAAGGGUGAAAGAUCAUAAACAUCUUUUUUUUUUGAUGGAAUGAAUUUACAUUAUAACGAAAUCAAUUUAGAUUCUCAAGUGCUCAUGGCCGUUUCCUUAGUUUCCGUGGUUAGCGCCAUUUUGUUGGCAAAGUUCAGAGAGGUUGGAAAUGCGACCUAAAAUCUCAUGAAACUAUACUCUAGGGUAUCGAGUUAUCGGUUUUGGCGUUGGACUCGCAAUGGCUUUGUGAUUUGAUAUUGGCUGAUGGAGGCGAAGUGAUGGGCUACAGAACGAAUGAAACGAGCGGAGAGGCCGUUGUUCAGGUUAUUCUACUGGAUUUGUUCUUUUUAUACAUUUUGAGGGCCUUUGUUCAGUAUGCUAUCAAAUUCAUUUCCGAUUGUUUGGAAUAUGGUGAAGGAAACUUUGUUAAGCCUAUCGGGUAGUUUUCCAAAUUAAGCGGCGACUUUUGAAAAAAAGUCUUCUACAGGAGACACAGGGAACUGAUCCAUCUCGCCUACAAUCGAAACGCUCUUCUCUUCCGAUUUGCCUUGAAGUCGGCCCUGGGUAGUUCAAAUCGCGAUUUUUGUUGCUAAAUGCUCGUUUAGCGAUAAGUCUGGUAUCGCAGCCAAGAAAGCCCCAGGACAUUGCCUUGAUUGUCGACGACGCGCUCUCCAUCUGCGAGUGGAUGCAAUUCGAAGUCGUAUUUUGUCGCGUAAGUUUUGGUUGCGAAUCAAGCUUCAUCAAGCAAUUUUGAAGCCCUGCGAAAAUCUUCGUGACCGCGUCUACGAAAUACUCGGCAAACACGGCUGGUGCUCUCCGAAAGGCGGUCCUCUGCGUGCCGUUUGGGAAGACGACGGCUUUGACAUUGGCGAGGCGCCGCGUUACAAUGGCACGGUUGAGGUGUCUUUUCGUUAAAAUCGAAGGAGAAAGCUGUAAUAAUAGCUAUAGAGCUCACUGUGACGUUUGUUUUCCUAAUUUCCUUGAAUUUCUACUUGUCAUUCAUUGACUCUAAAUACAACAGAGUAUCAUAAAAAUUUGAAUUUUGAUUUUUUCGCUCUUCAGUAUCGCGACGAACGGGCACAUGACAUGAUUGUCUUUUUUUCGAACCUUCUACGGCCUUUCCUGCAAUCCUUGUACAUGUUGAUCCACUACCUGGAUUCCAACGAGUUCCUACUCAAAGAAGUCGCAAUUGGUUCGUGUUCUCUUAUUUUUUCUCGUUGAACUAACCUUUUUUUUUCAGAGUCCAAGUUCAUUCGGAAUUUGUGUCAACGCUCCUUUGAAUUUCGCGCCGAAUUGCCUUUUGAUCCAUUCCGUUCGUCAAUUUUGAUCAUUCCUUCAUGUCAGGAUUUUACAGUUGAGGCCAUCAAUUCGGACUCUUUUAAGAACGGUCUCCGGAUAUUGCGGCACAAGGGUUUUGUCAGUCAGGAUGAAACAAAGGUAAUUUGAUAAUGUAUGAAAUUUAAAUUUAAUUCUACAAGACUAAAUGAUUUUUGCGGAACUUUUUUCAUUGGGAAAAAUUGAAUUUGAAUCUACGAGUAUUUAAAACGUCUGAUUUGAAAUCGUCAAUUCUAUUGAAGGUCACACGGACUGAGAGGUCGCUUGAAGACGUUUCCUCCAACUUGGAACGAGUUCUUCGCAUUUAUUAG